GCCGCAUCCACAUCACACCGCCGUACCAAUGGACCCCGUUACUGAGAGACGGGUCGGUUGGUUUGUUGAGAUCAAGACAUGGCCAGCAACAAGCUCAGCGACGCAACUCCCCCGAAAGCAUAAUGCCUAUAGCAAGACCUAUAAACAUCCAUAAUUGGAACACACACAAGACUCAGACUUGCGAGUUGCGACACAUGGCCCUGUGUGUGUGAUAGGAUCCUCCUUACAACAAUCACACUCCUACUGAUGUCUCACAACGGCGAACGCGAGAGAUUGUGAACUACAUGUCCGAAUCCGGUGCACGCCAGUCUCUAUAUAUAUCGUCAACUCUGCAUUGCGGAAGUACCUUCAGGCAAUAUGUACGGAACGUCCUCAGCGCAAUGAAAAUCUUCGCGCAUGCAUCUCAUCUGCAGCACCGAAUACCGAAUCAAUAUGCAACUAGUCCAAGCCGACCGAUUCAGAUCUGCACCUGCGGGACGCCACAUGGGGUCUCUCGAGUCAGCAUAUUCUUCCCAAGCCUGCUGCUCACAAUGCUUGUCGCGCUAUAUGCUUAUACACCCACACUGUGGUCCGUUGGACUAAUCUGACAAUCCGGGGCAAGCGGGCCUCCAGUCCGGUCGCACUCAACGUUCGUCAAAAGUAAAGCGACGGGCAAGUCUAUGCAUUGGACCAACUUGAUGCUAAAGUUCGCGAUGGAGUCGUCCCACAACGCUUCCGUUUUACAUAUGACACGGGUCACUGGCGACGUUAUUAUGGGUGAUGAAGCCCUUCCAGCAACUCGCUUCUUCUCCUCGUAUUGACAUCUCAGGGUUGCUCCAUUCUCGAGUGAACACUAGGUGCAAUCAUCAUCUGCAAUGAAGUGCUGGUUCAUCGCUUCGGUGCUUCUCGUCGCAACUUGCAUGGGUCAUGCUAGUGCACAGUCUUCCACUCCGGACUUGUCUCCAUGUGCAAUCGAAUGUAUCUCGAAGGCUGUGCCCAUUUCAGGAUGCCAAGCAACAGACACGACGUGCUUAUGCGAAAGCCAUGCGCUUGAGACGAGCGUGAGGGCUUGCCUCAAAGAGAACUGCUCCGUGAAGGAGUCUUUGUUAACACAGCGUUUUCAGGCAGCGACAUGCGGAGCUCCCGUGCGAGAUCAGGGUGAUUUGACAAGACGAAUCACUUGGUCAUUAUUUGCCAUUGUCGGAUUCGCCAUCUUCGCCCGCUUCGCCUUCCGCGCACCUUUUCUCCGAGGUACUGGCUUUGGCUUCGACGACUGGACCAUUUUCCUGGCGGCUUUGAUGAUCGUUCCUCUGAACGCCUUGAUUCACGAUGGCAGCCUCUCGGGGCUGGGUCACGAUGUGUGGGAAGUAUCAUUCCCCCACCUGACCAAGAUUCUAUACUUGUUCUGGAUUGGAGAGUUUCUCUACGUGUGGAUCAUGAGCAUCUCCAAAAUCUCCGUCAUUCUCCUCUACCUUCGCGUAUGGGCACCGGAUACGCGCAUGCGACGAGACAAGUUCCGCAUGGCGUGUUUCUGCAUGAUCAUCUUCCUGAUCGUCUUCCCCAUCAGCUUGAGUCUCGCCCUCGGAUUCGAAUGCAACCCCAUCAGUUACGCCUGGCAAGGCUGGGACGGCGAACACACCGGAUCCUGCUUCAAUCUCAACGCCCUAAUUCUCUCCGCCGCAGGCCUCAACGUCAUCCAAGACCUCAUCGUCUGCGCCCUCCCACUCCCCAAACUCCUCGCAAUACCCUUACCUUUGGCCAAAAAAAUCCUCGCCAUCACAAUUUUCCUCGUCGGACUCUUCGUCACGAUAUGUUCCAUCAUCCGACUCGCAUUUCUAAUUAAAUGGGGCUCCACAGAAAACCGCACUUGGUAUUACAAUUCCGUCACAAUCUGGAGUGCUAUUGAAUGUAAUCUGGCCGUCUUUUGCGCCUGUUUACCUUCGAUUGCGGGCUUGGUUCAGCGGAUUUAUCGCGCCAGUAUGGGUAUUGAUGCGGCUACUACCGUCGUCGCUUCGAGGUGUACCGAGGGUCGCUCGACGCCUAUGCAGAUGCAGCGGCAGCAGUGGCAUGAAAUGAGUGGAGUGGGAGUGGGUGAGAUUGAGACGAGGAAGGGGUUGGUGGAUAGUCGGAUUGAGACUUUGCCGGGUUAUCAUCGUGGGAGUGGUGAAUAUAUGUAUGAUGCGACGGAUCGGUCGGGGUGGAUAUGAGUUGUCCAUUGUUUUCUUUUUGGGGUUGGGUUGGGUUUGCUUUGCUUUGGUUUUGGUUUGGUUCGGUUUGUGCGUGACAAUUCGAAGAAAAGACGAAACGACAAUGGACGACGAGAUAUGAAAUACCAGGUAGCGUGGGAAGAACAGAUUCUGAAUGUCAAUGAAUACCUAUGAUGAUAUUACCGAACUUGGUGACACCUAUGAAUAACCUAGGUACUUCAAGUCUUCAUUAUGGUAUUAUACCUGCCUGCCUGCCUGCCUGCAACAUACGCCUGUCGUCAUCUUGCCAUGUUCAAACGCCACGCACGAUUGCCGUGUUUUGCCGACUGCCUCGUCGUUCUUUCGCCUGGGAUGAUAAGUGCCAUCUUUGCACGCACGCGCGAACGCAUUUGGUAGCUGUAUAUGGGAUAACGCCAUCAGAGGGAAAAUGCGAUUAGUCAAGCAUUCGAAAGAACUGAUCAAGUGAUUCCUGGGACAAUGACAAGACCAGGUGUACCUAUGAUAGGGUCUUCCGUCCUCGGGUCUGAGUCCUUUCUCCGCUCUUCAAAAGGUUUCGAAACAUCAACCAAAGGAGGAGCGAAUGUUUGGCGAGAUACGCAGGUGGCGUAGGAAUGAUGGAGUCCAGAGAUCUGUGGGUCACCUCAUGACGUGUUCUGUCGAUACCUGUCUACACACACUGUACGAUCUUGGAGUGUAGUCCUUUUCCUCUUCCAUCAGAUGGUCAUCGUGUCCGAGACUUGCUUGUCGUGGUAUCCUCGAUCCGUGCAUGCUAUGGAAAUGAAAAGAUCGAGUCGCAAAUCACGUAGGUAGUGCGUAGAACAUUCUUCGCGCCGUGUAAGGUGGCGGUGUGAUGCCAGUGAUAGAAGUAUCAUUCCACAGAGUCCGAGGAGCGCACGGCUGAAUGCCCAGUGACUUUUUCUGUCCAGCGCGAUGUAUGCAAUGGGCCUAGAGCAAUGUCGCUUGAGCGCCUUCGACGUCCUACUCGCUACUUCUUGAGCGAAGCCUGCAGUUCUCGGGUCAGAGCUUCCAGCUCUCCCACAGCCGCCUUUUCAGGCCCGGCCCUCUCGAACUCCAGACCGGUCUUCGCGAACUCCAAGGCCUCUUCUAUUCUCCCCAUUUCCUUCAGACACUGCGCUCUCCUCCACCAUGCCUUCACGUUCCCGAUUCGCUUCAGCUCCACGGCAAUCUCAGCGUCCACAGCGGCCGCUGCCCAGUCUUGCUGUGCGUACAGCGCUUGUGAGCGAUUGCCAUGCAGAAGCGACAGCUCCUCCCGUGCCAGACCCGAGGCUUCCCACGGCGGGCGAUCAGCAGCCAUUUUGAUGGCAAGAUCGUACAUUUUGAUCGCGUCCGAGAAGCUGCCCUUCUUAUAAGCUGCGUUGCCAGAGUCCUUUAGUUUGGUGAUUUGUACGCUGCGUUUGGGGUUGACGGGCGCGGGCGGAGGAGUGACUUGGUUGGGAGUCUCGAGCUGUGUGAAGGCACGAGCAAGGUGGUUCAGUUGUUCGAGGUCGUUGAGGAGAGAGGCAUCGCUGGAGGAGACGGCCUUGGUCUGCGGAUCGAUGUGGAGAGGGAGAAGCGUGAACGUGUCCUCGCCGACAGUGGCCAUGAUGUCCGGUGUAGAGUAUGUGCCCG